CUGAAACUGAGUGAGUGAGAAACACACAUGUCCCAACGGCUUGCCGUAACAGCGCGCGCGCUCGGCGCUAGGAAAGAAAGCGGAAGUGCGACUACUGCAUGAAGUUGGUCAUAUGAUCUUCCUGUCUGAUAUAAAAAAAGAUGAAAGAUAGGGGAUACAACAGUGGCCUUUUGACCUUUCUCAUUCUGAUUGGUAGUUUAUUACAGUGUCAUUGUAAGCCACAUGGCUACAGGAGUAAAUCACUUGAAGAAGUAUCCAAGGAAUUAUCCGGUUAUUCUGGCAUUGCCCAGAAAAUCAUAGACCUGGCAGUGUAUGGCAAGGCUCAGAACCGCUCAUAUGAACGGCUUGCAUCUUUCACGGAUACAGUCGGAAACAGAGUAAGCGGGUCUAGGAAUCUGGACCUGGCUAUCAAGUACAUGUACAAUGCAUUGAGGCUGGAUGGACUGGAGAAUGUACAUCUAGAACCUGUGAAGAUCCCUCACUGGGUGAGGGGACAGGAAAGUGCAGUGAUGGUUCUUCCACGAAAUCACAUUUUGUCGAUCCUUGGGUUGGGGAGCAGUGUUGGAACUCCCAAAGGAGGUAUUGAAGCUGAAGUGUUGGUGGUGGAGUCCUUUGAUGAGUUGAAAAGUCGGGCAAGUGAGGCUAAGGGGAAGAUUGUGGUGUAUAAUCAGCCUUUUGUUAGCUAUGGGGAGACGGUGGCAUACCGUGCUUCAGGAGCUUCAGAGGCAGCUAAAGUGGGAGCAGUGGCUUCACUCAUUCGCUCCAUCACUCCAUUUUCCAUCAACAGCCCACACACUGGGUGGCAGUGGUACCAGUCUGGUGUGCCUCAGAUCCCCACAGCCUGUAUCACGGUGGAAGAUGCCCAGAUGAUGGCACGGAUGGCGCGCCAAGGCACAAAAAUUGUGGUGCACUUAACUAUGGGGGCGCAGACUUUCGAAGAUGUGGACUCCUUCAACACAGUGGCUGAGAUAACAGGAAGUGAGCACCCAGAGCAAGUUGUUUUGCUGAGUGGUCAUCUGGACAGUUGGGAUGUAGGACAGGGGGCUAUGGAUGAUGGAGGUGGAGUGGCUAUUUCUUGGGAAGCCUUGUCUCUCAUCAAAGACCUGGGGCUGCGUCCUAAGAGGACACUGAGGGCUGUGCUGUGGUCUGCUGAGGAAGCAGGAGGAGUGGGAGCCAUGCAAUACUACCAACAGCACAAAGCAAACAUUUCAAACUUUAACCUGGUGAUGGAGUCUGAUAUGGGCACUUUUGCCCCUGUUGGACUACAGUUCACUGGCAGUGACAAAGCUAGAGCCAUCAUGAAGGAUGUAAUGAAACUGCUGGCACCCAUCAAUGUAACAUCCCUGGAGAAACAUGGAGAAGGAACUGAUAUAAACAUGUGGAUGCAGGCUGGAGUACCAGGUGCCAGCCUGCAUACAGCAGACAGCAAGUACUUCUGGUUCCACCACACUGAGGGUGACACGAUGACCGUGCAGAACCCAGCAGAGAUGAAUCUGUGUUCAGCUGUGUGGGCUGUGGUGUCGUAUGUUGUGGCAGACCUUGACGAAAUGCUUCCCAGAUAACAGUUUCUCAACUUUAUCAUUGAGCACUCCCUCUUGCCCACCAUAAACGAAAGAAUCUGACAAAAAGGAACAAGUUCAUGUAGGCUUUUGGAAUUUACAUUUAAUUUUCUCAACACAGAUUUUAUCUUCAGGCACUUCUCUGUGAAUGAUUUGUUGAAAACAUGAUGCAUGUUAAAAUCAGUAUGUACCACUAUACCUCCCAUAAGCCACACCAUUCGACCUAAUCAGUUUGUUUGACCAAUUAAUUUUGAGCAGUAUGGGUUUGUUAAUUCCUGUAAAUAUUUAGCAUAAUAAAAAUAACACAAAUCUAGCCUGUCUAUGGCUUAUGUGCGGUAAAGUGCAGUUAUGUCUCAUAUGCUAUGAAAAGCACUACCGGUUUCUGCUAGAGACAUGAAUUGCAUCAAUUUAUUGAAUUUUACAUGAAAAUAUAGAGAAAAUUUGGUUUGUUGACCACAGGAGGUGAAUAAUUCUACGAACUGCGCUUUACUUUUCUACUGGGAAAAAAUGACAACAAUUUUACAACACAGUUCCAUAUUUAGACCUAUAAUUAUGUUGGUUGUCAUCAGGGCUGGUAUACAUUGAAAUACGCAAUUUCUCAGAUUAAGUUACUGCUUCUGUUUCGUACUAGUUUUGGUUACAGGAAACCACCUUUCAAAACAAGUCAAGCUAAUUGGGAAGAGAUUGAACUGCCAUUACUCGUGUUUAUACAUCCAGAACUACAUUUAGAAGUAUCCUAAUUUAGUUUGUUUAUAGUCCCCCAAUGUUAACAUGAUAGAUUUCAGAAGGUGUGUGUUUAUUGUAUUUCACUCAUUCACAUCCAGUAACUGCUUUAUCCUGAUCAGGGUCGCGAUUGGUCCAAAGCCUAUCGCAGUAACAUUGGAUGCAAGGUGGAAACAUUCACCCCAGAUGGUAAGCUAGUCAAUCGCAGGGCACCCUUCUUUCUCUCACUCUCUCUCUCUCUCACACACACACACACACAUUCACAUUUGCAAUUCUUUUCACUGUGCCACCAUGCUGAGCACAAUCUGUUUUGAUAGGGUUUAUUAAUCAUAUCUUUUCCUGGUUUCUCUGGGUCUGUAGCACAAGGUGUCAGUUUGAUGACUUUGGGUUGUGCUCGUUAGUUGCAGGCAUUCUGCAAGAGGCAUGGCUUGUUUUCACUCGUGUUCACUGUUUCACAUUUCACUGUUUGUAUCACUCCGCUUGUUUGUGUUCGCUACAUAAAAUUCCAUUUCUAGUAAUAGUUCAUUACACUGAAACCGUUACUACACUUACUAUGGGCUGUCAGUCUGUGUGUUGGCAUAGCAACACACAAGUCAAUCCAGCUGUGGUUUCUUUGGGAACUAUUUUUGUUGAUGGAGCAAAAAGAAUAAAUGUAUUUUGGCUAUAA